UGAAGUCUGAACUAUAAUUGAGUUUACGGUCCGCUACGGAACCUUAUCAAUGCGGAGAGAUUUGGGCCUCAGAAAUAUUCUCUGGUCGGUGUUUGACACAAGCCUUCACGCCUCAAAGAACAAGCAAUCAAAGCUAUGAAUCGGGACGCAUUCAGCAUUUCUCAACUGCUCAUUUGAAUCUUUGACUUCUGCUUUUGUGUCUGUCUCCUCAAUUCCCUCCCAUUAAUUCGGAAAUCAGCUGAGCUGACGGUCCCUAAAAACUGAAGAAAGUUCCACCCAUAACUUCAUUUUAUUGUUAUCAAGUCUUUGGGUCUUUGAUUAUAGCAGACUGAGUGAGGACAUGGCGGGGGCUUUAUCGGCAGUCGGGUCGACCGUAGUGGACUCACUCCCUGGUACCGUGAGCAUUAGCAAGGCAAGUAGUGGGGACGGCCGUGUGGUUCCAUACAGGAAGCCAGAGGGGAGGUCUGGCCGGGCUUUCCCACGGGCGGUGGAGCUGGGCAGCUCCUUUGUGGACUGCUGGAGUGAUUGGCGGGUCGAGGCCCGGGUAAUUUCGGGGACUGCUGGUCACCAGAGGCCCAGAAAGCAACGAAGGGACCGGAGGUUCGUGGUCAUGAACGAGGUCGCGGGGCAGUACGAGGACAGUUUCGAGGACGUUAAAGCGCAAAUGUUAAACUACUUGACAUACAAAGCCGCAAGGACGGUUCUUCACCAGCUCUACGAGAUGAAUCCAACGCAUUAUAGAUGGUUUUACGAUUUCAUGGUAAAUAACAAGCCCGGUGAUGGAAAGCGUUUCCUCCGAGCCCUCGGUAAGGAGAGGCACGACCUUGCUGAACGGGUUAUGGUGACGCGCCUCCACUUAUACGGGAAAUGGGUAAAGGAAUGUGAUCAUGCUGCAAUAUACAAAGAAAUAUCGGAUGAGAACUUGGAGUUGAUGCGUGAACGGCUUAUGGAGACGGUGAUUUGGCCUGCAGAUGACACGAACACGGAGAAGAUCGGUUGAUGGAUGCCGUCCCUGCCCUUGCAGGUUUCAAUAAUAAUUUGAUCCCAAGAUUUGUGAUUUUGAUGUCCCAUCUGCGAAUGAGGAAUCAGUGUAUCUGUAAAUGAUUAUAGGAAAGCAAGCAUCCUGCGCGAAUUUUUGACCGAACUCGGGUUAGUUGGAGAUGAUUUUCUUUGGCAGAGACGUGAAACUUAUUUAUAUAUAUCCGACAAGAACGAAACUAUAGGAA